AUGUACAACGUUGUGAUAUUGAUAAUUAUUAGCAACUUCAUAUCUUUGCACGGUUUAUCAGACAAUCGAAUCCGUUCUCUAUUAGAUGAUUCGGAUUUGAGUGGCAUUUCAUCAGAUGAAGACGACGAGUUUGUUCCUUCUCCUUCAAAUAUUCAGCAGGCAGAUGACUCGUUUGAUGAUUUGAGUGCCGAAGAAGUUCCUGAAGAGCGCAGGAGUUCACACAGUGUCACAGAAGGUGUCACGCCACUGCUUUUUCGGAGAUCAAAUUUUGUACAGAAGUUUCAUCCACCAAACAUUAAUUACAGUGCUGUUGAGAGUCUUUCACCAAUUGGAACUCCUGCUGAAUUUUUCUGUGAAUAUUUCAGUGAAAAGUUUUUUGAAGAGGCAGUGAAAUAUACAAAUAUGUAUAGUAAUGCAAAGACAGGGAAAUCCCUAGGGACUACAGCUCAUGAACUGAAGGUGUUUUUUGGGAUAAAUGUAAUGAUAGGCUGCGUAAGGAAUAAUGUGCACUUUGUUGAUACUAUAAAACCACCUAAUAGACUGUGGAAAGUUCAGCCAGUGAUCGACACAGUAAGAAGAAGAUGUCACAGUUUGCCUCGUAGCUUUAACUACUACAGUCUUGAUGAGCAAAUGAUCCCUUUUACUGGGCGUUGCAAACUGAAGCAAUAUGCCAAAGGAAAACCAAGGCCUGUAGGUCUUAAAAACUUUAUCAUGACCUCAGCAUCAGGAAGUUUAGUUUAUUUCGAUAGGCACUUUACCACAAUUCUUCUCUUAGCAAAGCUUAAGGAGAAAGGAAUUAAGGCUACUGGCACAAUAAUGGUAAACAGAAUUAAAAAUUUUAAUUUGAAAGAGGGAAGAAUGAAAAGAGGAGAGUGUCAUUCAUAUGUUAGAGCAGAUGAAGCUGUAGUAAUUACUGAGUGGCAGGACAGUCCGAGGGUCGUGAUAGCAUCCACUUGUGCUGGCAUUGAGCCAAAAUGUAAAGUUCAAAGGUGGUGUAAGCAGGAGGGUCACUAUCUUGAUGUAGAUUGCCCUUUUGUAAUUCAGCAGUACAAUGCCAAUAUGGGUGGCGUAGACAUUCAUGACCAGCAGGUUGAGUGUCACCGAACGUGGUUCAGAAUCAGAAAAUGGACACUCAAGUGCUUGCUACAUUUCAUAGACCUUUCAGUGGUCAACUGCUGGUUUCUCUACAGAGAGCACUGUCGUGAAAAUCAGACUGCCAAAAAGAACAUUAUGGAUCUGUUGAAAUUUAGAAUGUCUCUAGCUGAGGCUCUUCUGUCAUGUCCAGACAGAAAGACGAGAGCUGAAGAGUUUGAAACACCAUUAGAUGAUACGGCAAGUACCUCCACAAAGGCAAAAGUUUACAAACCCCAUCCGAAACCAGGUUUGGACAAGCGAUAUGAUGGGUAUGAUCACUGGCCGACAGUGGAUGAUGUUUUGUCACCAUGA